AUGUCGUCCCAAUCAACUGAGUCGAAGAAUAGCCAUGUCGUCGAAAAUAAGCAAGAAUGCUCCGCUAGACCUUGCACGACUGGCGAACAGGCCAUUGCACAGGAAGACGUCCAUGUCAACAACAACGACGAGACGACGAGCCAUGAUAAAGAAGCGCAAUUAGAUGCAAGGUCCACACGCACUACGGAGUCGACUAUCCCUCCACCUCCCGAUGGCGGGCUUCACGCUUGGCUCAAGGUUUUUGGCGGGUUUAUGAUUUAUAUCAACAUCUGGGGCUUCACUCUAACCUACGGCGCCUUCCAAUCCUACUACCGCACCACCCUCCUCCGCACCUCCACCCCCUCCGCCAUCUCCUGGAUCGGCACCACCCAAGCCUGGCUCCUCAUCGUCAUCGGUACCGCCUCUGGCCCGCUCUUCGAUCUCGGGUAUUUCCGCUCCAUGCUGCUGGUGGGCAAUUUCCUCGUCGUGGUGGGCAUCAUGAUGUUGAGCCUGAGCACGACGUACUGGCAGGUGUUUUUGAGUCAGGGCCUGUGUAUGGGGGCCGGGGCCGGGUUGCUGUAUAUACCGAGUUUGGCGCUGGUCGGGGUUUGGUUUAGUAAGAAGAGGGUGUUGGCGACUAGUAUAGUGAUGAGUGGGAUUGCGGUUGGAGGAGUCAUCUACAUCAUGAUGUUCAACCGCCUCCUCCGUACCUCCACCUUCCCCUGGGCCAUACGCGCCAUCGGCUUCGUCGCCCUAGCCUGCGCCCUACUCUCCAUCCCCGCCCUCCUCAGCGGCUCCGCCUGGCUCAAGCGCCCCCGCAAACGACGCGCCCUAUACGACAAAUCCGCCCUGCGCGACCCCCUCUUCCUCAUCUUCACCUGCUGCUCCUUCACCACCUUUCUCGGCUACAUUGUGCCCUUCUUCUACAUACCCACGUAUGCACGCGAGCGCCUCGGCUCCGACGAGAGCACCGCGCUGUACAUGUUGGUGCUGGCUAUUGCGGGGAGCUUCUUUGGGAGGCUGGCGAGUGGGGUGACGGCGCAUUAUUUGGGGGCGAUUGUGACGUGGGGGGCUAAUGCGUUUGCGAGUGGGGUGUUGGCGUUGUGUUGGAUGGGGAUUCGGAGGGAGAGGGAGUUUGUUGCGUUUAGUAUUUUGUGGGGCUUCUUCUCCGCCGCCCUCGUCACCAUCCCCUCCGCCGCCUUCACAAACAUCACCCCCGACCUCUCCCGCCUCGGCACCCGCCUCGGCAUGUCCUGGAGCGUCUCCAGCAUCGCCACCCUCAUCGGCGCUCCGAUCGCCGGCGCCCUGCUCGGCCGCUCCCGGCAGCGCAACGCAGACGGUGUCUGGACAGAGACGACGGAUUUUCGCGGCGUUCAGAUUUGGAGCGGGGUUUGUUUGUUGCUGGGGGCGGGGUUUGUGGGUGUGCUCUGGUGGAGGGCGCGGAGGGGGGGUGGGGGGUGGAGGGUUUGA